UCUCGGGAUGGUGAUUAAGAUGUAAAUGUCAUAUUUAUUUAUGUCAACAUGCCGUUUGUCGACUGUACCAAAAAACCUAUAGCCGUAACUUAAAUGUCCGAUUUUGAAAUGUAAGCCUAUCCGCCUAUCGUUGGUGGUUCUGCAAUAAACUGCGUGUAAUACGUUUUGCAACACAACGGGCUUAAUUCUGACCUAAUCGUAAAUAUUCGCCGGUAAAUGUUGAGCUAAUAAAUAGCUUAAUGGCUACAUCUUGUGGCCUUUUUUCUCUGGUGUAUGUCGGCUCUGCACUCACAAUUUUUUAGGGUCACCGAAGGAAGUGGAUAGUCGCUUCGGAGACCCUUUCGAUGACCAUCGCAUGCGUCGAAGGCUUCGUAGCACCAAGUUCGAGCUUCGAAGGGAGGCCCCCUAAUUCGUAGACCCCCUAUGCUUCGAAACGAGCUAUUACAUUCAAAGUUCGUAGACGUAUUCAUCGUAGCGUCCAUUUUAUACCACAACAAGCUCCGAAGCUAUGUAGCAAUGUUAUUGCGAAGCUACAAAUUCGAAGCUAUGCUAUAAAUAGUUUCAUCUGGCAACCAAUAUGGCUAAAAGAUAUAAAGAAAUGUGGAUUUUAUUAGAUUUCACCUCCUUUUAUUCAAGUUUCAUAACACAGCACCGUUGUCCAUUAGAUCUUCAUUUGUGUGGUGUUUAUGAUUGGUGGUAGGAAGCGAAUUGGAAGUGAUGUUCGGAUUUUCGGAAAAAUUUCUAAGUCCCAACGCCUAUCGUCUAAUACCAUAUGAUUGUGAAGACAAAAUAAUAUGUCUAGAUUAGCGCAGUGGAUGAGUAUCCGACUGCGACCCGGGAGUCCCGUGUUCUAUACCAGUCCCAUCCAAAUCUUUUAUUUCAAUUCUCCUAUCUUCGACAAAUGCAUCGAAGGGGUCAACGAAUACUAUCAUCGAAUGUUAGUUGAUAGGUCUUCGAAGAAGGGGUCUUCCUGUUUCGAAGCAAUACCCCUCCGAAUUCGACGCACUCUUCAUUUCGCAUCGAGUUCGAAGCAUCUUCGAUGACCCUAAAAAAAUGUGAGUGUGGGGUCCAAUUAAAACUUUUGAUGCACGUCACAUCGCCAUACGCGACCGGCAUUUUUCUUUGAGAGUAUUUUUGCUUCGAAGUGUAUAUUUAGGAUUGUUUUCAUCAUGAUGCUUCAUGAAAAUUGCGUGUUGUAUAGUAGGGGCGUGUUUACUGAAAUGAAUGUGAAGCCGCUUAUUGUUUCGACUAUUGCAUAGUACCCUUUAAUUUCACAAAAGUUUAAUGAAUUUUUUUGUGUAUGUUUCCAUAGUAAUUUCUACUUGCUCUUCUAUUGGAACCUGUUACCUGUUGAACUCCGAUUGAAUUGCGCAACGUGUAAUUUUCCUAACGUCUAAAUCCACUAGCAAACUCAACAAAACAAAAAACGUAAUAACAGCCAUAAGUUUUGGCGUUGUUUAAAAUGCCACUCAAAAGCCAUUCUUAUCCUCCAGCUCCUACUUUAUUGAAGUUUCACGUUGUUUGAUAUUUAGUGGCCGAUAUGAAGAAAUUUAUUCGACAAAUUUUAGUUACCAAGGCCAGAAAACCAAAGCGCCCGAAAGCGCCUUAGCCUCGUUCCUUCCUUUAGGAUCGGAAGGGGCAAUCAGGUAAGUCAGGGCAAAAGGGAUAGGAGAGAAAAUGAUCCAUGAUGGCCGCCAUAGCAAACCCUUACUCCUUUUUUUCAAAUCACACCUGUUUGACUCAAAGUUGCACACCACAUGGACUCAUUUUCAGUUGCAAUUUGUCCAGUGGUUAGCGCUCCCUCAGUGGCAGGAGGAUGUCUGCGGUGGAACAGUUGAUUACCAACCGUCACAUCCUCACUGCAUUUAUAGGUGAUGGAGCAGUGAAAAAUUUCAAAUGGACGAUGCAGAGAAAUAGAGAAAAGAACUUUUGGAUGAGGCAAAGAAGGUGCAGAGAAAUUAAUGGCACUUGGUGAUUGAUAAGCGGUUGGAAAAAGCCAAUUUGCGUAAGCAGUGCAAACUGGGCAGGCAUUCCCGUUUGGUGAGGAAACUCACGCUGACUAGCUGGCCAUUAGAAGUUUAUGGAAAUGUGCGCAUUCGAGACGAUACGUCUUUAAAUUGUUGGAAAAGGACCAAGUAGAGUGGCAGUUUUCCCGCAACUGACCAGAAAGCUAUUCCCAGAAAGCAGAUGUGACGUGCUAAUUGCGUUAUUACAACUCAAUAUCGCUGGGCAUUUGUUAAACGUUUAGCUUACAGACAUUCGCUAAGUAAUCGUUUGAUUUGUUCCACUGAAUGCGUCGUCUUGCCAUCGUAUUAUGGCAAAAUCUUGUCUUCGUUUUGCCCACAUCAGUUCACUUUUGGCUGUUCAAAACCCAAGUUUUUUGGUCGAGUCCUCAUCGUUUCAUCACUUUGAAGAAAGGCGGCGUUCACCGAAUUUCUUCGUCGCAAGCAAAGAUGAAUCAGAUCGUUAAGAAGACAGGUACUUUCCAAUUAGGAGCGUCGUUUACACCUUCCCUUGCUGAUAAUUGGUGUCAAACGGUGAGCGAAAUUAGCCAAACUGAUUUCGAGUGGAAUGUCCAGCUUCCCUAUAAAGAAUAUCCAAUGCCUUCUAUGACAUCAUCUACCGUCUCAUCGGGAGCAUAUUGUACGUGGACUCUUAGCCUCGGUGAUGAUGAAUCAAAUAUCAAGAUUGUUUUGUCUAUCAAACCCGGCUUGGAUCAUUCCAAAAUCGUUCAUCACCUUCGAGUGAGCGCCGGAAUUGCAGACAAGAAAGGCAACCUGUCUUUCGCAAAAACGACCUUGAUAGACAGAAAUACCGGAAGUAGUUUUGGCAAUGAAAAUGAUAUCCUAAAAAUCAAUAAAGAAGAAUUAUGGAAAUCCGACUGCUACGAAAAGGAUGGCAACUUUACCAUCUAUUGCGCUGUCGCAGUUUGGGCUUUGAAGGAAACCAAAUCGGGCUCUUUAUCAAAAAUCACAUCUAAUAUUUCCGAUAAUGAGUUUGUUCAAACGCAGCUUAAACAACUUCUUGAAAAUCAGACAGCACAAGGUGACGUUAUCUUAAACGUUGGAGAUCGAAUUUUUCGUGUCCACAAGAACAUUUUAUCUGCAAAAAGCCGAGUAUUUGCUGACACGUUUUAUCAGAGAACACGAGAGAAGUUGUCGAACCCCAUAGAUAUCCAAGACGUCGAUCCUGACGUCUUCCAAGCGGUACUCGUUUACAUCUAUUCCGGCCGGAUAUCUCCCGGAACAAUGGAGAAAAAGGCUGUCGGUGUUUUCGUAGUAGCGGAUAAGUAUUCGAUUUAUCAUUUGAAAACCCGAUGCAUAGCUCAUUUGAUGAAGAGGAUGUCCGCUGUCAAUUGCGCAGAGUUGCUUGCAAUUGGCGAUCAGUCUCAUCCAGCGGCGCGUUUGAAAAAGUAUGCGGUUGAUUUCCUCCAGCAUUUCCUGUUUUUGUAAUGGUGACCGAUGAAUGUAGCGGAUGAUGAAAGCUCGUUUGGUUGUGUGAAUCGAUUUAAACGCGAUGUAAACUACCUGAAGGUCUCAGAUGUCUUAUCAUAAUGUAAGAAAAGAAUGUAUUGUCGGAUUAAAGUUUGCUAGGAAUUUAUCUAGAUUUGGUCUGUUCCAGAAUUGUUGCGUUAAUAGUGUUACGUGUUUUCUAUUUGUAUGCUAUUGUUAGAUCUCCUUUUCUGUGUUGAUUGAACAAGGAAAUUGAAAAAUACUAAGAGAGGUGUACCAAGAAAAGUGAAUCAAGUGUAUUUUAUCUGUGGUUAUUAACUCACAACUCAAACAGGGAGGACGGAUGAACCGAUGUCGGAGGAGGCUGUUGGCAUUCAUUUUUCUCACGGAUCGACCAAUGAUAUCGAGACAGUUACCCCGAGGCAAGCAGGUGGCAGAUUUGGUUUGUGUUUUUUCACUCAUGUGCGUUAAAGGAAAGGGAAGGGAGAGAAAGAAAAUCCAAAAUGGCUGACCUUUUGCUAGUCCCUAUCCUUAAAACGUCGGCAAUUGGAAGGGCAGAUUUUGUUUUUCUUCACUCAUGUGCGUUAGUGGAAAGGGAAGGGAGAGGAAAAAAAUCCAAAAUGGCCGACCUUUUGCUAGUCCCUUCCCUUAAAACGUCAGCAAUUGGAAGAGGAGGAUUAAAAAAAGUUCAUUUUGUUCUGGUGCUUCGCUCUGAGUAGGUUGUUCACGUUUUGAUCAUAGCCUGGCCGAUUCUCUUCCCUCUGGUGUUGUUUCACUAGUUAACAUCGUUUAAAGUGUUCAUUAUUCAAGUGAAAGAAUUUGCACACCACAUUGGUAGACGUUUUGCUUUCAUCGACAACAGUUUAUUGGGUCUCUUCCAGUCCAUAUCAUCACUCCAAAAGAGGAAAAUAUUUGCCGAAUUUCUUGUGCUAAACAAAAAUGAAUGAAAGCGCUGAGAAAUCAUUUACCACACAAGUAGAAGAGACGUUCAGACCUUUGUUUGCUGAUAAUUGGUGUCAAACGCUUAACGAGGUUACGACAACGGAUUUCGAAUGGAACAUUCCGUUUCCGUUUCUAGAAUAUCCUCCGCCUUCUAUGAAAUCAUCCCGUUUUUCAUCUGAAGACUUUUGCUUUUGGACUCUUCAUCUUACGCAGGAAUACGGACUAAGAAUACGUAUUGAAAAUCAGCCCGGCGCCAACAACACUAGAACCGGCAGUCCCGCUCAAGUGAUCACUGGAAUUGCGAAUAUAAAAGGCGAUUUGCUUCCCAAACAAAUUGUCUUUACUCAGUUAGAUCCAGAAUAUCAGAAGCUGGUGUUUCAUUGUGAUUAUCAUAAACUUCAAACAUCUGAAUUUUACGAAAAAGAAGGUAAUGUUACCAUCUACUGUACUGUAAAACUUUGGUCUUUGAAGGAAACCAAAUCGGGCACGUCUUUGUAUAAAGUUGCGUCCGAUGUUUGUCACAAAGAAUUAGUUUUGACCCAACUUGAAGAACUAUUUAAAAACAAGUCGCUAAGUGACGUUAAGUUAAUCGUCGGAGGGCGAACAUUGCACGCUCACAAGAUCAUCCUAUCAGCAAGAAGCAAAGUGUUUACUGCCAUGUUUGAGCAUGAAACAGCAGAGAAAUUGUCGAACAAGGUAGACAUCCGGGACAUCGAUCCGGACGUUUUCCAUGAAGUGCUCGGUUACAUGUACACUGGCCGGAUGUCUUCUGGAACGCUGGAGAAAAUGGCAGUCGGUGUUUUGGCGGUAGCGGAUAAGUAUUUGCUGGAUCAGUUGAAAGCUGAGUGCGAAACUCAUUUGAUAAACAGCAUGUCCGCCGACAAUUGUGCGGAGCUGCUUGCACUUUCCGCCCAGCCUCAUCCAGCGAUGCAUUUGAAAAAGUAUGCUUUUGAUUUCCUCCGGCGUUAUCCUUCCCUUGUGAUGGCGACCGAUGGAGGGAAAAAGGCGAAAGAAGAGAAACUCCUUUGGUGGUAUGAAUCCAUUGAAAUGCUGUGCAGUCAGAGGGUAUUGGAUGCCUAGCAUUAGAUGAGAAAUAACUGCACUGUUCGAAUGAAAAUAAUCUGCAAAAAAAUUAAUCUAGAAUCGGUCUGUUCCAGAAUUCUUGUUAUAAGUUGUGUUUUUUGGAUAUAGUGAAGUUACGUCUCCUAUUCAUCUCGUGGGCUGUGUCAACUGAACAAGGAAAUCGAAAUAUACAAAGCAAAGUGAGUCAA